UCAUGGCGUCCUCCUGUUCAGUUAGAGGCAACGUGAUCACCCGUUGAAAUAAUCAAUCCAUGGUUUUAUUGGACUGUCGGUGUCUGUAUCAUCUGAUUUCAGUUCACCCUUCAUAAAACAGCCGUUGUUGCACCAGGACAUUUUCCCGUAAAGACAGUAAUUACCUCAAAAAUGGCUUCGUUCAAACCUACAAAAGUACUACUGUAUCCCAAACUUGGAGAAAAAGUCACACAAGACACGCUGUAUUGGAAAAACUACAAGGCUCCAGUGCAAAUAAAGGAAUUUGGAGCAAUAACAAACAUAGACUUUUCUCCUGUGGCGCCACAUAAUUUUGCAGUGACUGCAUUCACAAGAAUCCACAUUUAUGGGCCGUUUUCUCAGGAGCCUGUGAAGACAUUUACAAAAUUUAAAGACACAGCGUACUGCGGGAGGUUCAGGUCAGAUGGCCAGCUGCUCGUUGCAGGAUGUGAGGACUCUGUUGUCCGUCUAUUUGACAUCGGUGGCAAGGUGGCACUCAGGAUGUUCAAAGGGCACACAAAGGCUGUUCACGUAGCGGACUUCACGUCAGACAGGUACCAGAUUCUCACCGGUUCAGACGACUACACCUGUCGACUUUGGGAUCUUGCAAACGCAGCAGAACUCAACACCUACCAAGAACACACAGAUUACAUCCGCUGUGGUGUCACGAGCAAGCUCAACAGAGAUCUCUUCAUUACUGGGUCAUAUGACCACACACUGAAACUGUUUGAUGCCAGGGUGAAUAAGAGUGUGAUGACCAUGGACCAUGGUCAGCCGGUGGAGAGUGUCCUCCUCUAUCCCUCAGAGGGUCUCCUUGUCUCUGCAGGUGGGCGCUAUGUGAAAGUGUGGGAUCUGCUAAAAGGAGGCCAGCCUCUGGUCUCCCUGAAGAAUCAUCAUAAGACUGUCACCUGUUUGUGUCUCAGCAGCAACGGACAGAGACUGCUCUCUGGUUCUCUGGACAGGCAUGUAAAGGUGUACAGCACAACCAACUUUAAAGUGGUCCACAACUUCGACUACGCUGCCUCAAUCCUCAGUCUGGCUUUGGCUCCGGAUGACGAGUCCAUUGUUGUGGGUAUGACCAACGGUAUUCUGAGUUUGAAACACAGAAAAAACCCAGAGGAGUCAAAGGAACUCUCUGGCCAACAGAGGCGACGGCCGUCGUAUCGUGUUUUUGUGAAGGGGAAGAACUAUGUCCCUAAACAGGAUGAUUAUCUUGUCAGUAAACCAGUGAAACAGCAUUUGGAAAAAUAUGACAAGCAACUGAAGAAAUUUAAUGUAUCCAAGGCUUUGGAUACAGCUCUGGAGUCAUGGACAAGAUUGAAAAAACCAGAGAUCACAGUGGCUGUUGUAAAGGAGCUGGAUCGAAGAGGAACGCUGAAGAACGCUCUGGCAGGAAGGGACGAGCCAGGGCUCUCUCGUAUUCUUAAUUUCCUCGUUGGGAACUUGGUGGACCCCAGGUUUGCUCCUGUCCUUGUUCCAGCAGCUGAGAUGAUCUUGGACAUUUAUAAGUCAGUGAUCGGCCAGUCACCGGUCGUGGACCGACAGCUGCUGCGUCUACAGGAGCUGCUGGAAAAGGAAAUUGACUACCAGCAGAACCUUCUGGAGGUGCUGGGCAUGCUGGACACAAUGUUCGCCUCCUCCAUCCCGAGGAAGGAAGUGCCCUGCUCCGCCAUCAGCAGGUCUAAUGGCUUGGCUCAAGGAGAGGCAAGGCCACAGCUUCAGGCCACCUGAGGCCUGCAGCAGGAGGAGACACUGCUUUAGACUGGGCUCGAGACCCAUCACCAUUCUAUAAACCUCUGUUUGAAACGUCAGACACAAACUGACAUGUCGGGCUACAUGUCACCAAAUGUGAGACUAACAAACUAAAGGGGAGUCUCAUUUUGGAGUUUUAACACAACAUGACUGACGGCACAACAGACGACAUGCGUUGACUGUAUGAGAGAUGUGUGGCUGUAAAACGAGGCGUCACUUUCACUGGAAGUGUAAAUUGCACUUUCAGUAGUUUGUGCCUCAGUGUGUGCUUGAAAUGUCUUAUUGUAAAUGUCUGCUUUGAUUUUUCAUAAUAUUUGACAUUGAGAACUGUUUUAUAAGCAGAUGAAAUAAAAUUUUGUAAUAUUGAAAGUGACAAAUCACAAGUGUUUGGUUAAAACUUUUACUGUUCAACAUUUACUCUGCCGCAACAUAACUAGUAACUGGUUUUACAGUUUUGGUACAUGUAUGUGUUUUUGGCUCACUAAAAUAAAUAUACAAAAUACA